CGAUAUCGCUCAUUUAACAUUUGAAUCUAUCUCAUCAUGAAGGCCUUCACAAUCUUGGGAGCUGCUGCUGCUCUUUGUGUUGCCCCGGCUAUCGCCCAGGAGGACCUUGGCAGAGUCUCUAUCCUGCCCUUCCCCUUUCCUUCUGGAACACCUACCGCAACACCUUCCGGGACUCCUUCCACCACUCCUUUAGUUACUCCGUGGCCCACAGGAGGUUCCCGUCCCACCGGCAUUGUUCCUAUCCCUACGAUUUCGUGGCCCACUCCUUCCUCGAGCGGAGUUCCGCCUCCUUAUAGCUCUCCGGUCUUUGCUUUCCACCGCAGACACCCCCGGCAGGUCCGCCCGAUUUUCGACUAGAUGGUCCCGCAACGUCCGGAUCAACCGUUGAGAGAGCCCUUGGCAUUCGUUGUGUGCAGGGGGAGUGAGUUUUGUCGGUCUCUGAAUGGAUGGAUUGCUGGAUCAGCCAUUCGUUUGGAGGAACACCGUCACCAUGUUUUAUAGUAGAGGAAAUCAAUAUCGUGUAGUCUUCUUUAAAGGCUCUUUGUAUCAAAUAUGGGUUUGAAAGAGCGUAAGAG